CUCCUCUCACCCUGGAGGCGACCGUUGCAGGUCCCUGAAGAGCUCAGGAAGGAGUAGCUUUUGUUGCCUUCUCCCUCUGUCUUCACGUCGAGAGCCGCUCUUCGUCGAGUCACAUGAUGCGCUACCGUAAUCGUUUCGAGAAGUUGGUUCAUCCAUGGGAGCAUCUCCAAGCAUGUUCUUCCUGGUCAUCUGCCUGUUUGUCUCAGUGCACUCCAGUGCAUGCGAGCUCGGUUCCACCAAGCAGCACCGGCGGCACGAGUGGUACUUCAAGCCAACCGGCAAACAGACCAUCGUGGUGGACGCCAAUGGCUCCGGCCAUUUCUCGUCCGUCCAAGAGGCCGUUGACUUCGUCCCGGAGAAUAACACCAAGCGUGUCGUCAUACAGAUUCAUGCUGGUCAUUACACGGAGAAGGUGAUCGUGCCGGCGACGAAGCCAUAUGUGACGUUCCAAGGGGCCGGCAGAGACGUGACGGUGAUCGAGUGGCACGACCGGGCGAGCGAUCGAGGACCUGACGGGCAACAGCUACGGACUUAUAACACGGCUUCUGUCACUAUUUUUGCUAGUUAUUUCAGGGCUAGGAAUAUUAGCUUCAAGAACACAGCUCCAGCUCCAAUGCCGGGCAUGGAAGGAUGGCAAGCAGCAGCGUUCCGCAUCUCGGGAGACAAGGCGUACUUCUUCGGCUGCGGCUUCUACGGCGCCCAGGACACACUCUGCGACGACGCCGGCCGCCACUACUUCAAGGAUUGCUACAUCGAGGGAUCCAUCGAUUUCAUCUUCGGCAAUGGUCGUUCCAUGUACAAGGAUUGCCAACUCCACUCCAUCGCAGACCGGUUCGGGGCCAUCGCAGCUCAGGACAGGAACAGCCCGUGCGAGCGGACGGGCUUCGCCUUCGUGAACUGCAGAGUAACCGGCACGGGCAAGCUCUACGUAGGACGAGCCAUGGGGCAGUACUCGAGGAUCGUCUUCGCCUACACCUACUUCGAUGACGUGAUCGCCCCCGGUGGCUGGGACGACUGGGAUCACAACAGCGACAAGAACCAGACGGCGUUCUUUGGAGUCUACAGAUGUUGGGGUCCUGGUGCAGCAGCAGUGCGUGGGGUUUCAUGGGCUCGAGAGCUCGAUUUCGACACGGCUCGACCUUUCCUCGUCAAGAGUUUCGUGAAUGGAAGACACUGGCUUGGCCCUUCCGAUCCUUGAGCUCUUCACCCCUACACUUGCAGUAGCAGCUCAUACAACCAUUUGUUAUUCCUACACUUCCGAUUUGUAUUCGAACCAUACAAUAAGAUGUCAAACCUCACUCUCUCUGUUCUCGUUCAAGAAGACAAAGCUCCAUCGCAAUGAAGGAA